UAAAAGUCACUCAAAUCUAAUAAUAUUUAAGAGCAUUAUUAUUCAUAUUACACGAUUUAUUCACUUUAAGAGCCAGGGCUCGCAUGUAUGUGACUGUGGGCCUUUAUUUUGAAAUGUGUGGAAGUGUUGGUGCCGUGUGUUGAGCUUCACCCCUUCAUUCUCCUCAGAGACUCCGACAUCAUGGCGGACGCCGAUGACUGGGAUGCUGAUAGUUUCGACCCCGAGGAGCCCAUCAAAAAGGCGGCAGUUCAUGACAAAUGGGAGGGCGAGGAUGAAGACGACGACGUCAAAGAUAAUUGGGAUGAUGAUGAAGAGGAAGAAAAGGAGGAGGAAAAGAAAUCAGAGGCCAAACCUACAGAAAAGAAGAAACUCAGCGAGAAAAUAAAAGAAAAGGAAAAUUUACAAAGAAAAAAACAAGAGGAGCUCCUUAAACAAUUAGAGGAGUCGGAAGACAGCACAGAACUCACACCAGAAGAAGAGCUGGCAGAAAAACUUCGAGUAAAAAAACUACAGGAGGAUUCAGACUUGGAACUAGCAAAAGAAGCAUUCGGUAAGUGCUUCUGUUCAUCCAUGUCCACAUUUGUGCUCAUUAUUGGCCCUGAUCAUUCACUUAUACUCUUAUUUGUAGGUGUAGUAUCAAAUAAUGUUACAGGAAUUGAUGCCAUGAGUCCCUCUACAAAAGAAGACUUCACAGAGUUUGAGCGGUUGCUAAAAGAAAAGAUUUCUUCUUAUGAGAAGUCAAUACACUAUUCCAGCUUUUUAGAGACACUGUUUAGGGACCUGUGUCUUUCAUUGGAAGUUGAGGACUUUAAGAAAAUUAGCACCUCGCUAACAGUGUUACUGAGUGAAAAGCAGAGGCAAGAAAAGGCAAACAAAGGUAAAAAGAAAAAGAAGGGAGUUUUACCCGGAGGAGGUUUAAAAGCCACAAAGAGAGAUGAUCUGGCAGACUACGGGGAGUUCGACGGCGGUUAUGCACAAGACUACGAGGAUUUCAUGUGACCAAGGCUUAACCCAUUGCUAUUGUUUGCUGAUUGCUGAAGCACACACUUUAACAGCAUGACCUUACCCCCCAGUCAGGCCCACGCUAGACAACUCUGAACCCGUCCCACACACUCUCCCCUCAAGAGGUUCAUGCAGAGAAUCAGUUCACUGCGCCAUUUUUCUCUGGUCUGUGAACUUCGGUAUAAUAAACCCAAUUAAAAACGGGGUCCUUCUCACAAAUGUGAAUCUGCAGCUUCGAUUAAUCGUCACGGUCCAGGCAACAAAGAGUGUUAUUGUUCGGUGACUGAUAUUUCUUGGAAAUAAAUGACAUUCUAUGCAAAUUUCAGUCCGGAUUGAUCUGUCGUUGGAUCGGCUUUGGCUGGUAUACUUUUGCCACCAGACCGAUUAACUCGACCUGUACAGCCUGAAGUGGUGAUAUGGUUUAUAAAUCAUGUUUUCAAUCAGACGUUACAUUUUUUUUUGUUCAUAGAUGAUGGUGAGCUCAUUUAUUUAGAUAAGUAAAUCUAAAGUAGCGUAUUAAAUAUAAGCAUAAUGCUUUGAAAAUAACUCCUUUAUGUUUGUAGUUCGUAAUGCAUUCUACGACCAAAAGUAUCACUCUAAAUGAACCAUUGUGAAGACACAUUGCAGCGUUAUUAGGAUUACCUCAAUUUUUGCAGAGCGAAAUAUGCGAAUAUUUACAAACAUAACUCAUGUUUUCAAUGCAGCACAUUAUGCCGUUACUCAUUUGACCUCAGUCAUGCCAGUAAUGAAUGAGUGUGUUCUCACGUGAUCUGCUGAUGUAUAAGGGACUGGUUGUUGACGUAGGGUUGUUUCAAGUGUCGUUUGGCUUUCCAUUAUCUCGACAUCUUGCAGUGAUAGACAAAGAGACUUGCGAUCAGCGAAGCCGAUGAUAGGACUCCGCACUGUUUUAUAAAGAUCUAAUUUAAUAAAAGUUGAUUAAAAUCA